UCAGCGGAGUCCUCCCUCCGAUCCGAUCCACCGCAGCGCAGCGGUACGGUGCUGCCAUGACACGCUCCGUCGACGCUGUAGAUCUGGCAAAACCAGUUUUCAUCAGCAAGGCGGAGCGGGAGCGCCACGCCAUCGAGCGCCGCCAGGCCGCCGCCGUCUCCGGCCAGCGUGACCUCCUCCAGUCCCACCCCUUUCCUCGCGAACAGGCGGCGGACCGCGAUGGCCGCCGCGACCGAGAUCGGGACAGGUACAUCAGCCGCCACCGUGAUCGCGAAGGACACCUCCGGUCGUCCCGCCAGGACCAGGACGGGGACCGAAAGCGAGGCCGCGACCGUGGCACUGGUCGAGGCCAUGACGGCGGCGAGAGAGACGAUCGACUGGAGACGAUGGCGAUGGCGGCGAGAGAGUGGGAGAAGGAGCUGGAUGCCAUUGCCAUCAAGGAGCAGCAUCUGGGGUCCAAAAAACCCAGAAAGCGUUCCAUCCCCAAGCCCUCGGAGAAGUUCCGCUUCUCGUUCGACUGGGACAACACCGACGACACCAGCCGCAACGACGCCGUCCAAAAGCAGCCACACGAGGCGGCGCCGCCGCCGCCGCUGCUCCUAUUCGGCCGUGGAUUCCUUGCAGGAAUUGACAGGCGUGACCAGAAGAAGAAGGCCGCCGCCGCACUAAAGCUGAACCGGCCACGGCGCAACGGUGCUGUCGACGAGGACUAUCGUGACGCUGCAGAUGGUGAUCUCUAUGAGGCAUCCGAUAUGCACGUGGACAGGCACUGGAGCGACAAGGCGCUCGAGGAGAUGACGGAGCGGGACUGGCGCAUCUUCCGUGAGGAUUUCAGCAUCUCCUACCAAGGUUCUGGCGUGCCCAAGCCGAUGCGCCAUUGGAGCAAGAGCAAGCUUGGUGCCAAGCUGCUUCGUGCUGUCGACGAGGCCGGGUACAGGAAGCCAUCACCGAUCCAGAUGGCCGCCAUUCCACUCGGCCUCCAGCAGCGUGACGCCAUUGCCGUUGCCGAGACAGGUUCCGGCAAGACCGCGGCGUUUGCGCUGCCCUUGCUGUCCUAUGUUGCCGGCCUUCCACCCAUAACCGAUGAGAACAGGCACGAUGGUCCCUACGCACUUGUCAUGGUGCCUACUCGUGAGCUGUCUGAGCAGAUUGCCGAGGAGACCGCGAGGCUUGCGAGGUAUCUAGGCGUUAGGGUCGUGCCAGUUUUCGGAGGUGGAUCGGAGAAGACGAUCGCGGAGCAGAGUGAACGGAUUCAGAAGGGCUGUGAAGUUGUGGUUGCGACCCCCGGCCGGCUUCUUGAUCUCUUGGAGAGGAGGUACGUUGUGCUCAACCAGUGUAACUAUGUCGUGCUCGAUGAGGCUGAUCGGAUGAUUGACAUGGGCUUUGAGCCACAGGUUGCCAGUGUCCUCGCGGUGAUGCCGUCGAGUAACUUGAAACCACAGAAUGAGGAUGAGGAGCUUGACGAGAAGAAGGUCUACAGAACUACUUUUAUGUUCAGUGCCACCAUGCCACCUGCUGUGGAGCGUCUUGCUAGGACCUAUCUCCGGAACCCGGUUGUCGUGACGAUUGGUACACCUGGAAAAGCAACUGAACUGAUCACCCAGAAUGUGAUGAUGCUGAAGGAGUCCGAGAAGAUGCCACAGCUCCACAGGUUACUGAGGGAUCUCAGAGAUAAGACUGUGAUUGUGUUCUGCAAUACUAAAAAGACAACAGAUUGGUGUUUCAAUGAACUGAAAAAUGCUGGCUUUGGCGUCACAGCCCUACAUGGAAACUUGACGCAGGCGGAGAGGAAGGCAAGCCUUGAUGGAUUCAGAAACCGCCAGUUCAAUGUUCUCGUGGCUUCUGAAGUUGCGGCGCGUGGUAUUAAUAUUCCGGAUGUUGCGCAUGUUAUUAACUAUGACAUGCCUAGUUCGAUCAACAAAUACAUACAUUGCAUUGGAAGGACAGGACGUGCAGGAAAGAAGGGAGUGGCCACAUCAUUUUUAACACUGGAGAAUACGGAUAUUUUCUUUGAUCUGAAACAGAUGCUGAUACAGAGCAACAGUCAUGUGCCACCUGAGCUUGCAAAACACAAGGCAUCACAAUUUAAGCCAGGCUCCAUUCCUGAAAGACAUGUUCGAUGA